GUGCUGCACAUAUAUAUGAGAGGAGAGGAGUUGAAGACACAAACACACACACCACUUCUUCUUCUUCUUCUCUCUGCAUUUUUAAUUUCAUCUGUGGCGCCCAGACUUUCUCGAUUCUCGUUCCAAUCCCAUCGAAACGACAAAAAAUGAUGGAUCUCCACACUGUGUGUUGUAUGUGUGGCGAUGUGGGGUUCCCGGACAAGCUCUUCCGCUGCUCCAAGUGCCGCAACCGCUCCCAGCACUCGUACUGCAGCAACUACUACAGCGAAUUGGCGGAGGCGAUCGAGAUCUGCGAUUGGUGCCAACACGAGCAACGGAAUCCGUCGUCGUCGUCAUCAUCGAGGCACGGGAACUCGACGCCUAGGAAUACCAAGCAUGCAAGUGAAGCGAGGUCGGCCUACUCCGGCGACAAAAUCAAGCACCAAAGGACCGAGGAAACGGCGGAGAAAGCUGCCGGAAAAGCCCCCUCGCCGCGCCCCUCCGCCCGCAGGUACAAGCUUCUCAAGGAUGUAAUGUGCUGAAAAAAGUGGACCCCAAAUUAGGAAAAAAAUAUCCUUGUUGUCUCUAUAUAUCUCGAUAUAUAAUAAUAAUAAUAAUAAUAAUAAUAAUAAUAAUAAUAAUAAUAAUAAUAAUAAUAAACUGGUAUUAGUAUGUUAUUAUGGUUGUAAGUUGUUUUCUAAGUGUCAUUUUAUGGCUAUAUAUUUUCUUAUAUUUCAAGAAUUUCAGUAGUAAUUAGUACUCCAUGUUAUUAUAUCUUGUGUUAGAAUGCUCUUCUUAUUUCUUUCAAGUUUCAACCUCAAAUAUAUAUGCCUCCUUGUAGUGGAUAUAUAGCCUUUAUAUUUCAUGCACCA